AUGGAGGCCCACCAACACUCCCCAGAUAGCAGCAGUGAGGAGUGCACCGUCCUGGAGGCUCCGCCCGGCAAAAACGCCUGCCCGCAACAUGCAGGGAAGGUGGCAGAGCUGUACUGUUCAGCCUGUGAGUGUGCGCUUUGCGAGGACUGUGUGUCGGACCAUGAAGAGCACCCUAAGGUGCCCCUCAGCCAGGUCCUGGAGAAGCACCGCAGCAGCCUGCAGGAGAGGCUGGAGGCCGUCCAGAACAGGCUCCCUCAGAUUUCAGACGCCCUGUCCUUCGUUAAGGAGAUCCUCCAACAGCUGACCAAUCAGAGAGCUUCCAUUGAAGAAGACAUCCAGUCGAGCUUCGAGGACCUGCACAAGCAGCUGGAUGUGCGGAAGAGUGUCCUGCUGAUGGAGCUAGAGGUCACAUAUGGACUCAAACAGAAGGUCCUCCAGGCCCAGGUGGACAGCCUGAUCCGAGGAGAGGGAAACAUCAUGGCAUCCUGUACUCAGACUGAGGAGGUUCUGGCUGGGGAGGCAUGCGUGGCUAGCCUGCAGUUGGAGCGAGAGCUGCAGGAGAAGCUUGUGGAGCUAGCUGGCCUCGGCAUGCCGUGCCAGCCUGAGGAGAACGAUCAGCUGGAUCUGGUGAUGGAGACAGACGGGCUAAGGAAGUCCAUACACAACCUGGGGACCAUCGUCACGACCAGUGCGGUUGCAAGCCAGAGCGAAGCCAUGGGCGUGGGCCUGGAGCAGUGCGUUGUGGGACAUCCUGCCUCUGUCACCAUAGUGACAAGAGAUAAGUCAGGAGGAGCCUGCAAGAGUGGCAACGCAAUUCUUUCAGCUGAGGUAUUCACCCCAGAUGGCAGCAUAGUGGACGGUGAAAUAGUGGACCACAAGAAUGGGACAUAUGAGUUUGUGUACAUAGUGCCGAAGGAAGGCGACUUCUCAUUGGCUCUCCGUCUCUAUGACCAACACAUCAAAGGAAGCCCCUUCAAACUGACUGUCAGCAGGGUCCUAGAGGCAGAAGUAGAGGUUUCCCCCUCCACCACCACAGCAACCAACUCAGCAGCCUAUGCCACCCCGUCCACCGGCUCCUCUGAGGGGGCAAAGAGACGAGGGAAGUCCCCUGGCCAGAAGAAAAAGGGCUCCAAAAGGGCCAGCAGCGCCCUGGGCACCCCACGACGCAAAACCCAGAACCCUAUUGAGGAUGACCUCAUCUUCAGAAUCGGAACGAAGGGGAGGAAUAAAGGAGAGUUCACAAACCUUCAAGGAGUGGCUGCCUCUUCCAGCGGAAGGAUCCUGAUUGCUGACAGCAACAAUCAGUGUGUCCAGAUUUUCUCCAACGAGGGUGAAUUCAAGAGUCGUUUUGGGGUGCGGGGACGAUCUCCGGGACAACUGCAGCGUCCUACGGGCGUAGCCGUGCACCCCAGCGGUGACAUCAUCAUUGCCGACUACGACAACAAGUGGGUCAGCAUCUUCUCCUGUGAGGGCAAGUUCAAGGCGAAGCUUGGCUCUGGGAGGCUUAUGGGGCCAAAGGGAGUGUCCGUCGACCAAAACGGUCAUGUGAUCGUGGUUGACAACAAAGCUUGCACUGUCUUCAUCUUCCAGCUGACGGGCAAGCUCAUCACCAAGUUUGGUAGUCGAGGCACCGGUGACAAGCAAUUUGCAGGUCCGCACUUUGCAGCAGUGAACAAGAACAAUGAGAUUAUCGUGACUGACUUCCACAAUCACUCUGUCAAGGUUUUCACCCCAGAGGGAGAGCUUGUGUUGAAAUUUGGCUCUAACGGUGAGGGAAACGGCCAGUUCAAUGCUCCCACUGGUGUAGCUGUGGACAUUAAUGGGAACAUCAUCGUAGCUGAUUGGGGCAACAGCAGAAUACAGGUGUUUGACGGUAGCGGCUCCUUCCUAUCCUACAUCAACACGUCAGCGGACCCUCUAUACGGACCCCAAGGAAUGGCUCUGACCUCAGAUGGACAUGUGGUUGUGGCCGACUCUGGCAACCACUGCUUCAAAGUCUAUCGCUACCUACAAUGAUGGAGGCUUGUUUAGAGAAACGAAGCAUAGGAAGGAGAGAAAGAUGGAGGGAGCAGUUGUUGACGUGGAGGAAUAAGGUGCACGAUGUCAAAUUCUAGGAAUUAUUGCAUGAAACUCUGCUGCCUGUAACAAUGGAAGACGGGAUGGAUAGAAAAGAGGAAGCAGUAAAGAAUAAGCAUUAUCCAUCAUUUCAUCGUUAGACCACAAUAAAAAUAUGAUCUCGACAUCUUUGAUGGAAGUAAGAUCACCAUAAAAUGAAAUAGUGGAUUGCAUAGGAUGGCGGGAUAAAAAUGAAAAAAUUGAACCUCAACAUCUUAAAGUCUAAAGAGGGACGAGGAUAAUAGCAGAUAAGGAGGAACAGAUGAUGGAAGAAUUUGCUGCCUUCAUGAAAAUCUGAGCAAUAUCACAGAACAGGAUGCAGGAGUGAUGCAAGGCUGGACUAAAAACAGUUAUGCAACGACUGGCUCAUGAUGUCAAGUUCAUCAAAUCCCUCUUUCUCCCAGGUUGGGAUUAAAAUGAAGAAGUGGAUGAAAAAAG